CCCACAAUUUCAUAUGGCUGGUGUGGCUGAUAAAAAUUUAAUGUUUGUGUAAUACAAAUUUUAGUAGGAUUUGAAAAUUUCAAAUUUUUUAAUUCCCCCUUUCACAUAAACUUUCCUAAAGCUUGGUGUUCAUUCGGAACGGACCAUAGCACCAAAAUGCCAGGCGAAACUUUGAAUAACCAGUCAAACUUCAAUAAGCAGGAAGUUUCUCUGUACGCUCACUUAUACGAAAAAUAUGUUGAAAUCAAAAAUGUCGAUGGUACGGUCGAAAUAACUCCAGACAAAUAUAAUUGGCAUAACGGCGGUGUCGUACUCGAGUACGUCGAUUGUCGUCCUCGGCCCACUUGUACAGGCAAAAGAAUCUUAUUAAGACAAAAUACAGCCUCUCUCUGGGACGAUGUAUUAAGAAUUAACCAGGACGCAGGAGGCACCUUAACGCAAGAAAUGGCGAUCCAAGUUGAGUCACAAUUGCUGCCAUGCAUCCCACAAUCGACUUGGAUCCAAAUUCGACGUUACAGGACAUGAAGAGGUAUGAUCCUGCGGACGGACCAGUGGAGCCGGUACAUCGCGAACUUAGAACGAGGAAGCGUAAGUUAAACUCAUACGAGCUCGAACAAGAAGCGGCCAAAAAAGCUAAAAAGGAACAGAUGAUGUUCAUGAUGGAUGAGAGAAUUUAAGCCUACGUUUAAACUUCUCCCUUACUUCAAGAGAAAUAGGAAUAAAGUUUCUACUGUCG